AUGAAGAGAAAUUCUGUUCUGUAUGAAACUUAUCUCAAGUAUUGGUUGAUCAAUAAGAUGGAAUGUUCUCCAUGCUAAAUAUAUUUUUAAAUUCUAUUGAUAAUUGUUACUAGCAAAAAAUUCAUAAAAACAAUAAAUACUUACCCUAAAGUUUAUUUAAAAUUGGUAUUAGGGCAAUAGUUCUUGCAUCAAAAAGAAUAGAGGCUAUUUAGUUUUGGAGGUGUGAAAUCUAAUGAUUGUAGCGAUGUUACAGUUGAAAAAGAAGAAAGAAAUAGUUAUCUCAGCUUGAUUAGGAAUAAAUAUAUAUAACUAAUCUUAAUUGAAAUUGUUGGGCUAAAAUGCAUAUGCUCAAUUUACUACUAUUAAACAAAGGUAUUAUCAACAUAAUCAAGCCAAAUAAUGAAGAUAAUUCUGAUCUGUAAUUUAUUGGCCCAGAGAAAGAGGCCUUUUAACAAUGGAACUUGUCAUAUUGAGGUGUAUAUUGUUUUUGAAAUUUUCUGGUGUCAUAAUUCCACUCUAGAGGUGGGAAGAAACCGAUUAUGUACUAUUAAUAUAUAUUUGGUACGGCUGGUAUUCUCACACCAUAGGUUCUUAAUUUUAUGA